CUAAGUUACCUAUCUUUACUAACUAGCCAGUUAUAGGCUAACAGGGACAUGGCUUAGCGUGCUUCGAGCUAUUACAUCGACAAUCAUAUAAUUUUCUUACAUACAUCUCAUUUACUUAAAAAAAAAUGUAUUCCUUCUAAACGUACUUGAUUAAUGCAAACUCGUGUAUUGGAUUUAUCGGGCUAAUUCGAGCAUUUCUUGACAACACGGCUCAUCUCAACCGGUGAAGCCAAGCAGAACAGCGGCGACAUGGUAGUUCCGGACAGCGCCGGUGAGGUCCAACCGGCAGGCAAUGACUGUACCGGGGGUCUCAUGAAGACGUCCCAGCAAAGCUACGAGGAAGAGCAGGAGCUAGCAGGGGUGGAGUUGGAGGAGGUACGUAAGCUCCAGGAGCUCAUUCGAAGACUCGAGGUCCAGAAUCAAACACUCCGCAACAGGGGAGACAGUAAGAAUCUACAUCUCAGAGGAGCGACCACCACAAACAGUAACCUCACAACCAGUACCAACAUCAAUGAGAGAAUCUCUUCCAGCAAAGAGGUUACCAACACCAACUCCCCUCUCAGGUUGGGGAGCAGUGGAAGCUGUGGAACGGAACUAGGCAGCAGUAACUUGGAGCUGUCCCCUCCUCAGGACAGCAGCAGUGACUUGGAGCUGUCCCCUCCUCAGGACAGUAGUAGCAGUGAGGAUAUCUCCCCACUCCCUGCAGCUAACCGGAUAGAGGAUGCGGAUGGUGGAUUGUGUGCAGGCUUUCUGACCCUGCCGUGCGGGAAUGGACCAGGAUCGGCACCGACCCAGGGGCUAAGCACAACCCCAGAGAGUCCCUCUCUGGACAGUUAUGAGUCUGAGACCCUGGCGGAGAGCGACUCGGGGGUGGACCCGUUGGCCCUGGAUGAGGUUGAUGUUCUGGACCUAUGGGAGGACCUUGCAGAGGUGGAUGACGAGGACAGCUGGUUGUAUGUCUCCCCUAAGAAGCAGGUAGUUGCUGAGCCCAGACCUGAGUCUCCUCUGAAGUGGUGUCGGAAGGUUCUGGACCACCCCAGCCCAGAGACGGAGGUGGCCUGUCGCACCCUGCUCAACCGUCUCGACCAGAGUACACACCUACCUACGUCUCGCUGGAGGAACAUCUACAGCAGCUCUGGUCAGACGGGGGAGGCUGGCUCCUCUGGCUCUGGCCUCCUCUCUCCUGGGUACCACAACAAAUCCACUAACAAAAUCCUACUAACCAGUGGUGGCUCAGGCUACAUGAGUAUGUACUCUGCUCUGAGUUCCCAGUCAUCUGUAGACAGUGAGCUGAGUACCUCAGACGACUCCAUCACCAUGGGUUACAAGCUACAGGACCUCACUGAUGUCCAGAUCAUGGCCCGCCUACAGGAAGAGAGUUUGAGACAGGACUAUGCCUCCAGCUCUGCCUCAGUGUCUCGUCGUAGUUCCUCUGCCUCCCUCCAGUCUCUACGUCGGGGUGGAACCUACAGCGACCAGGAGUUUGAUACCUACAGCUUGGAGGAUGAGGAGGAUGAGUGUUGCUCUCUGCCCCAGCGACGCCUCCGCUACUCCCCCUCUCCCCUGGGCUCGCCCCGCUGCCUCUCCCCCUCACCAGGCUCCCAGGGCCAGGCAGAGUACAGCAGGCUGGGGGCCCCCCGGCAACGCGCUCCACGUCGAUCGCUACAGGGACCCGGGCCCGAGCUGCUAAAGUUCGCCAAGACCGAGGAAGAGGUGAGGCACAGCAUGCCUAACCUGGCCCCCCGCACCAGCCUGCGUUCCCUGGAGGCGGUCAGGAACAGCCGCAGCAUGGAGGCUAACCUCCAGAGCUCUGGCAACCGCAUAUCUCACCUGCCCCACUCCCCUUCCUCAGGUAUGUCAUCUAGUCGGAUGCGAGGCAGUGGCCAGUCCCCUCUGUCCAUGCGGGUCCCUGUCAAAGCCAUGGGCUCCAUGUCAGGGGCCCGCCAGCCCUCCAGGGUCCUGCCUGUAGUCCAGAGUGGACCCAAUGGAGGGGUACGGAGGGUCCAGUCCCCAGGGCCUGCCAAUGGAGGAGCCUACCCAGCUGGGAGAGCCUCUACUGGGGGUGGGAGGCAAGCAGCAGCCCCAUCCUCCAGGGGAAGACUGGCCCAGACACCGAGAAGGUCUAUGGGGAUGACUAGAACAAAUGGCCCAAUCUCAAAUGAGUCGUGGAGAGACGGCUGUUACUGAGGCAACAAGGAAACUUCCUCCACCUCUCCUGUACCUCACAUUUUAGUAUAAACAACACCAACAUUGCGUACUGACUCUGAACAUACCCCUGUGGGCAACACCAGCUGACUUGCCUCUGAACAUACCUCUGUAGGCUGGACCACUGUAGAUGAACAGACCUUCCUUGGCAUGAAGAAGCCUCUCACACCACGGAUAUACUGGAGAGAGACCGGAUAGAAAGUGACUGAGCGCACAAACACACCGUUCUUUCGCUCUAGGGAUCUAGACAAAGCUUCCACAAAAGAUGUUGUUUUUUAACUAGUCAAUUCCAGUCUAUAUUUUCUGAUAGUUGUUGAGAGAAGACUACGGGUUGUUUUUGAUUUAUGUUCUGUAGAUGUACAGAACGGUUGUUAUUGAAUACUUUGGGUGGACUGUUCUGUUGUGUGUGAAGUUGAACUCCUAACUGAUAUGAAGGUCAUCUCCUCUUGGGUGUUGCAUGAUGUUUCUGUUUAGUUUUCUUUCCUCUUGAGGACAGAAAUUAGUUUGUUGCAUAAUAGCCUUAUCAAUAGUAAGUCUGUUCUUCCAAGGAAAAAAAAAACCCCAUGUUGAUGCGUGUGGGAAGGUUUUUUGAAUGUUUGUGAGUGAUUGAUUGGUUGUGAUUCCUCCUAUAAGUGUUGUCUAUUUGUGUUUUGCCAAGUCUGACACAACGCAACAUCUCUGGACCACACUGCCCUUCCAUCAAGAACCCCUUAAGAAAAUAAAACAUGUUAUUGUUGGGUUAAAUUCUUUGUGCCAAGGUGCAUUUCUGAUGCUGCAGCACUGUUUCUAAAAUCCAAUAAAGUACUACUUGUAGUUGAGAUACUGUAUGCGAUGAUUUACCACAGUUGUUUUUACUGCAUAUCGGUAGGUUAAUCUGUUUUGGGUUUUGAAUACCACUGUACUAAUAAAAUGAACUGUUUUAUGCACGAAGCAAAUGCCUUAUGCCUUUUCUUAGACAACCAGCUAUGCACCCUCAUGCGGAGUGCCUCUGAAAACCAGGAACUGUAAUGAAUACGAACAAUAAAACCUACCCAGAACUUGAACGUUUA